GUACUCGUAGUAGGCGACGACGAGUGCACGAACAAGGUUAUCUGGCGCCCUAACGCUCACUCGCGUUCGAGCUGCGUCGUAUAAUCUAUGGUUCGCAUUCGGGAAUCGGUCGCCUUAGCGUGUGUUCGUUCCGUGCGUGCGUAAACCGUAUUUAUAAAACGAGAUAUUAUUAACGUGCCGUACGUUGUGGUUUCGCAAUCUGUAUUAAAUAAACAAAACAGUGUUAAUAACGGGAUUUGUACAUGUACAACGCGUGUUGUGUAAUGUGACGUUAUUAUGACAAGUGUUUUGAAAAAGCCAAAAGGCGCAAAAGUUAAAUCUGAAUCCAUGCUAGAGGACCUGCCGUCGAGAUGGGGGAGUUGCUCCCAUGUGAAUAAAACUGACGACGUCGCCAAGUUGAUCAAGUACAUCGAUGACAAUGUUAUUGGAAAGGAAAAGUCGUUUUGCGGACCAUUUGGUAGACGUAAAGUUGUGUACUGUGACUACAAUGGGUCUGGUCGUGCCCUGCAUUGGAUAGAGGAGUACAUAGCGCGGGAUGUGCUGCCCACUCAUGCCACACUGUGCACGGCGCUCUCACACACAUCGGGACAAAGUGACAUCUACAGAUUUGAAUCGAAGGAGGUUAUCAGAAAUGCGGUUGGAGCAUGCCCUGAGGAUGCAGUCGUGCUCGGAGCAUCCUUGGCGAGGUUCCUCAGGACUUUACGGCCAGAUAGAGUUGCCCUCUUUGUAUCCUCCAGAGAAACGGAAAGGCAGCUGGCCCCGUGGAAGGAAUUCGGUGCUGAGAUAAUCAAAAUACCAGAGACAAAGGAAGGCUUUAUAGAUUUGAAUAACCUUGAGCUUAGACUACAGCAAAAAUCUGGUUCGGGGAAACGAAUGAUCGGUUUUUUCCCAGCUGCCUCGAAACUUACUGGUGUUUUGGCUGAUGAUGUGGCUACCACGUUACUCCUGCACCAGUAUGGUGCGUGGUCCUUCUGGGAUUAUACGUUAGUGGCACCAUCUUCGUCUGUCGACAUGAACCCCACGUUUGCUGGCGUCGAAGAUGAAAUGGUGAAGAAGGAUGCUGUAUUCUUUAACUGUGAAAAGUUUAUUGGUGGUGUACAGGGUCCUUAUGUGACAGUUGUGAAGAAAGAUGUUUUCAAAAAUACUCUUUUUUAUACGGAUGAUGUUGAGGUGUUAUCGGAGAGAAUUGAAGAGUUAAAGUCAACGGAGGCGGUGAGGGCUGCGAUCGUGAUGCUGCAGCGAGAUGCUAUUGGUCUACAGAACAUAACCGACAGACAAGACCACAUUACUAGACAAGUGCUGUCGCAUAUAAAGAAUAUACCGGAACUAAUAUUAUUAGGAAGUGAAUCUGCAACUGGGCGAAGACUACCAAUUUUUUCAUUAAUGGUGAAACACCCACGAGGUACAUUCCUUCACCACAAUUUUGUCUGUGCUGUAUUAAACGACGUCUUUGGAAUCCAAGCAAGAGGGGGUCUGAACAGUAAUCUCAAUUACGGAUCAGAUAUUCUUGGAAUAGAUGAUCAGUUACUUAAGGAAUAUGAAAAAUUACUAAAUGUUGAAGCACAAAAAGAAAUUGCUCGAGCUCGAAAACUUAGCGAUGUAAAGGCUCCAGAAGUACCAAUUUACAAUGAACAUUUAAGACCAGGGUUUUGCAGAGUUUCUCUUCCUUUUUUUAUGUCAGAAAAUGAGAUAGCCUUCGUUUUAGAAGCGUUGAAAAUGGUUGCUACUGAAGGAUGGAAAAUAAUGCCUCAAUAUGUAGUGAACCCACAAACUGGACAAUGGAGACAUCAUACAUGUUCCGUUUUAAGAGAUAGAAAAUCAUUACAUUCCCUUAAAUUCAGUGAUGGGAAAAUUGUUGCACACGAAAGAAGAGUUUCUGGCCCAGGAAUAUUUCCUCAAACCUAUACAGAAUGUUUACAAACUGCGAGAAAUCUGUUUAAUAGGGCACGAAAACUUGCCAUGAAGUGUUCAACAGCUGAACCCGAAAUGUCAUUUAAUCCUCGAAUAGAUUAUUUGAGAUGGUUUAUGUUACCUAAGGAGGCUCAUGAGCUUCUAUUGGGUCGAUCAGCGAAUGUUAAACAUAUUGUGCCAUUUGAUCCCUCUGGUUAUACAGGAGCAAGAAAAAGCUUGCACAUUUCAAGAUCUUUAAUCACUUCGUCACCUGUAUUGGGAUCCUCACCUCGUCAUUUUAGUCUCUCAGCCAUUGACGAUUGCCAAAUAUUUAGACUGAAGCAAACACAAAAGUUUUACUCUAGGGAGUCUAGUCUUAAAGAAACGUCCAAUGAAAAUAUAAAACCAAGUCACCCAGUGCAAUUCGCAGUUGGCGAAACAGUAUCACCCUUACGUUUAUGUCCUCAAACAACGAAACAAUCAUUACUCACGAGAUCUAGAUGUUAUAGUUUAGGUUCAGAUAGUCCGCCAGUUCCAUUGAGUCCACAAACAAAAUUAAAUCUUGGUCUCAAAGAAGCUAGUCCUAAUAAUAUAGCAGAGUUACAAAAAACUGGCAGCUAUUGUAAUUGUGGUAGCCAAACUGAUCUUCAAUCGUUGGAUGACCCUAUGAUCUCACCCGGAAAAGCAUUCCCGUACAGCACUCAAAACAGUACUUCUAUAUCCGAUUGUAGCCAAAUUGGGCGCACGUCUCCUGCCACGUCAUUAACGUCUCACACGUCGGAAGAUAUUCAUGCUUACGUCAAAGAGAUGACAAAAGAAAUAGCAACAGAGAUAAAGUCGGAAAUACGUGAAGUAAUUUCUAAAGUCGACGACAUAUUGGAGAAUUCCGACGCGGUCGAUCAGUCAAAUCUUAGUCUGAACUCAGUAUCUAGUCAGAAUGAAAGGAAUUCAGUAUCAGUAAUAGAUGUAGCAGAAUACUUAAUGGGAAUGUCUAGAGAAAUGGCAUCUGAAGUAAAACAUGAAAUUCGAGAAAUGGUUAGUCAAGUUGAUGAAAUGAUCUCUCCCGAUUACGUAGGAUAUUGUUCAAGGAAAUCUUCGCCACCUAGACCUGGUCGCCAACGUAUCGGUUCAGGUCCUGAUUUAGGACUGGAUUUAAAACGAGAGACACAAACACAAUCCUUAAAGAAAUGUCCGACAAGCCCUGUUCUACCAUCUCAAUAUAUUGAUGAUGAAGAAACACGAUUCAAUAAGAGAUCACCCUUAACACUGUCUCCAAAAUCUGCUCAACGUACACCUUCUCACGAAGCGUCUGGCCCAAAUAGCAUAUCAUUUAAUUCCAGUGAAACUUCUACACCAGAUACAAUAAUUCAAGUUGUGACAACAAAUCAAAAUUCCCCUAAUCUUCCGAAAUCAUUGAGUUCUAACAAGUUAUCAGACGAGGAGAAUAGCUGCAGUGACGUAUCAUGUAGAUAUUGUUGCAUUAAGAAAUCUUGGUGUCAAAAUCCUUCAGUAAGCUCUCAAGAUAGCGGUAUCAACAUGACAUUUACUGAAACCGACUCUUAUGUGGAAUUUGUAAAAUGGCGAACUUCUUCAGAUCCUACAACCAACAAAGGGAAGAAACUUCAGGGCAGACAUCGAAUAUGUCAAAAACAUGAGAAAAUGGAGGUGCCGGAUAUCAUUGAAGGGGUCCCGGUUUGUUCCGGGGACCACGUGAGACAGACGAACAGAUACAAAGAAAGCAGCGCAGAUUCAGGCAGAGUGGCUUUCCAAAUACCUGACGAUCCGGAUAGACAGAAUAGGGCAGUCACUUCAGUGACAGAUUCAAAGCGUUCAAGCAGGUCUUCCAAUGCGUCGUCGUCGUGCUCGGAUCGUAGCUCCAGGUCCAGCGGCUAUGGAACAGACCAGAGACAAUCUCAUGAGGAGCACUGCUUUGAAAGAAGUGAGUCGGAGUGCCGUCUUCUAAAAGAGGAUUUCUGUUGGGAGGAAGACCCUGACGACAGUAGUGCAUGCAGCGACUCUUCACUCACUGAUUUUACCUUCGAUGACGAGGGCAAGUGGCACUGCCCUCCCAAAUUGAUUUGGAAGACCACUGUAGAGGCAAUUCACGAGUUCAACAUGAUCCGACCGGGAGACAAAGUACUAGUGUGCCUGUCGGGUGGCAGAGAUUCUAUAGCGUUACUACAUACCAUGCAUCAGUAUCAAUUUUACGCAAGAUCUAAGGGGAUUCAUUUCAGUAUCGGGGCGUUAUUUGUUCACGAGGAUAAAUCUGAGGUGGAUCCUCUUCAUCUGAUGGCAUACUGUCGAACUCUUGGCGUUAAGUUGAUCUAUCAAGAUAAAUUGGAAGACGUCGCGUCGGAAGUAGUGGGACGCACGUGCGCGGCUCGUGUUCGCCGUUCGGCGCAGAGUUGGGCGAGUCAUGGCGUGCGUCGGCGUGCGUACGCGGCCGCACGCGCGCAUGGUUAUGGCGUGGCGGCGCUCGCGCAGUCGCUCGACUCCGCUGCGCGAGCCUUCCUCGCCGCUCUCUUCCAUUCCGGCACGCUCGCCACGCUCAAGGCGCAUUACAGAGUCAAGGAGCACGACAUCCGCAUCAUACGGCCGUUCAUCUAUGUCCGCUCGCGGUCUCUAGCCGCGUUCGCACGUGUUCGCAUGCUGCCGGACUUCCGUGGACGCGAUGCACACUCUCCACUCGUCAGCCCUGCGCGCAGUGACGACAGUGACGUUAAAGAACUGGCCCAUAUUGAACGAUCAAUCUCAGAACCGUGCGGUUCAACUGAGAAGCAAGUGUUCCCUAACCACGUACGGCGCUCGCUCGACGAACCGCUAGAUGAAGCAAUGGACCCGCUCGAUAUGGCACACGAUCUGUUAGGCUCACAGGAACGCUUACAUCCAUAUUUGUUCACCAGUUUGAAGAGCGCGCUGCAUCCGCUUAUAAGUGCAAGGAAAGAUCUGAAAGAACAUAGACAUAGAAAGAGAUCGGUGAUCCAAAUGAAGAACGGAGCGCCGGUGUAUGACUCCGAAGAGGGCACCGAGGAGGAACCAGUGCCAUAGACAAAUGUUAAAUUUCCCGCCAAAAUAUGCAAUGUCAAACUUGUAGUUGUAGUCGCGUUAUUGGACACUUGUGAUUAAUCGGUGAUUGUUUAUUAAUUAUUGUGAUGAGGCGUUUAUUGAAUAGUGUUUAAUGAAUUAAUGUUAUAAUGUUAGGUCGUGUGUAACGCGAACAGUUUUUGAAUUUUAUUUUGUUUUGUUGUAUUAAGUUUGGUGUUGCCAUACGAUAAACAAAACCAGUUAGUGGUACUUUUAUAUUUUUUGACAAAUUUGGAAUUGAGAACAAAGUGCAUUUGUUACAGUCUGCUAUUGAAUGAUAGUAUAUUGAGCGAUAGUGAUUAUAUUUUUUAAUGUUAGUUUUUAUAUGUUGAGAUUGUAUGAAUGAGGAGAUGUAUAUGUAUAAGGAUUCCUAUUUAUAUACUGUCAUGUUGUUCGAUUUAAAAUAAUAUAUGAUAAAAUAUAUGAUGUUCAAUAUGAAUAGAUUUUAUUGUUAUAUGUAGUUUCAAGAUAAAUUUAUUCCAGUGUCGAAUUGUUCACAGCCGGCAUUGUAUUCAAUAGUAUUACCUAGUUAUUGAUACGUAAAGUAUGGUAACAAUUUCAGUACUAAAGUUAAAGUUGAAAAGAUAUUGAUUAUUUUAUCUUCUCAGUCCUCAUUAGAGGCUUUUGUAUAAAAAAUUAUAAACAUUGCAAUGGUUUUAUUUUAUUAAUAUGAACAUUGUAAUUCAUUGGAUGGACAUUUAAGAAUUAUAAAAAGGAAAGGAAAAAGUUACUUUUAAGUAAAGAUAAGGACGUUAAGUCGAUCGUCAGAAAAUAAUGGAAUAGAAUGUAUACAAUAUAUGACGAAAUAGCAGUCUGAAAUCCAGUCAUAUAUAUGAAACAGAUUCUCAUCCGUCAUACUUACUCAUGAUAUUGCUUGGGUUUUUAUAGGACUCGGGUUAUAUAUUUUAUGUGAAUAAAUGCCGGCCUACUCUGGAAAGCAAUUUUAAUCCAAUGUCGCAUCGUUUUAAACACAUUAUGUAACGUACCAUUAGCAAAGUAUUAUUAGCAUAUUUGGUGGUCAAUGAUAGAAUUAAUCGACAUCGUUAUCAAUUUGUACAGUUUAGUUGUUUUAAGAUAACAAAACUAGAUUGCAUUAAAAUUGAUAUUGAGAAUAGACUCCAGACGAGACCUGCUGUUUGUUGUUAUCUGUCGAUUGUCAAUACACUCUACGAUUUAAAUUAACAUUAACACAUAAUGAAAAUGUUCGGUUUAAUAUGUAGAUAUGACUUGAUUUUGGAUUGUUAUUUUGUUUUGAUUUAAUAAAAUGUUAUAUAUGCAUUACUUACCAUAAAGUAUUCAGGCCAAUAGGCAUGUACUGUAAUAACAGUAAUUAAAACUGUGGUUUGAUUAAAUACAACGAAUUAAUUAUAUCCGAGUUAAUUUUAGUAGUUGGCAACAUUAUUUUUUUAUUUUGAAAUUGCCAUCUGAAAUUCAAUUGGUAACAACAGUAUUUAGAAUGGCAAUGGUGAAACCGUAUUUGUUUAUUAUUUGACACUAGUGCCUCUUGUUUUCUAUUGUACUUUUUAUAUUCUUUUUUUAAUACUUUGACUUUUGUAUAUGUUCAAAAUAUCUUGUAAC